AUGAAACCAUUCUCUAAGGCUGCAAUUACGAUUUUAAUCUUUGUUUUAUGCCAAUUUGUUAUUAGCUUUCCUAUUCCUCAAAAGACCACCAAAGUAUUAAUCAUACAACCCAUUGAUGAUGUUGCUGUUGUACUUACUGGUGCCAAUGAAGUUAAUGAUGAAUCCUCAGGCGUUUAUAUGACUACAGAAGAACUUCCAGAUGUUGGAGUGUUUGAAAACCAAUCUCCUCGAAAAUCCACCAAAGUAUUAACCAUACAACUCACUAAUGAUGUUACUGUUGUACUUACCAGUCACAAUGAGAUUAAUGGUGCACCUUCGGAUGUUACUACAGUAGAACUUCCAGAUGUCAGAAUGUCUGAAGACCAAUUUUCUGAAGUUACAUUUUCUGAAAUUCAAUUUCCUGAAGUUAAAUUUCCUGAAAUCCAUUUUACAAUUUUUGAAAAAAUUCGUGAAUUCUUUGAAACAAUAGUUAAAUUUAUAACUGAAAUCCAACUUCCUGAAAUCAAAUUUCCUGAAGUCGAAUUUCCUGAAGUUAAAUUUCCUGAAAUUCAAUUUCCUUCUCUCGAACCAAUUUUUGAAAAAUUCGUGAAUUCUUUGGAGCAAUAUCCUUGGAUUUUUCUUGGACUUCUCCGUCUUGUGGGAUUUUCUGCUGUGGGAAUAGUUAAAGGAAGUAUGGUUGCCAUAGGUCAGUCCAUUGGUGUUUUAGGUACUUGUGGUGCUACAAUUUUCCAUGUGUUAGGAUGUGGUACCGUUGGAAUUGUUAAAGGAAGUUUAGUAGCCAUAUGCCAGUCUAUUGCUACUAUAGGUGCAGGUGGAUUAUCAUUAUUACCAGUGGUAGUAAUGGCA